AUGUUGUGGGAUAUUUGGAAAGGCAGAAAUGAUUUAGUCUUUGAGCAUAAACCUAUUAAUAUUCAGUCUACUAUAGCACAUGAGAUAUACUGGUUUAGUAUGUUCUAUUAUUAUGAGGAGGGGUCUGAUGUUCAAGCCACAGUCCCUAUUCAGACCUUUACUGCCACUGUUAAGAAUCAGCGAUGGAGACCCCCUCUUGCAAAUAUGACAAAACUGAAUGUAGAUGCAGCAUGGCGGACAGAUAGGUCUUCUUAUGCAGUGGUGGGAACAAAUCAGGCUGGGAAGUUCUUAUGUGCACAGGCGGAUGUAGCUGAUUAUCAGAGUCCUCUACUCGCAGAAGCUUCAGGGUUCUUGCUAGCUAUCAGGCUUGUCGCAGAUAUGAAGUUCAAUAGAAUUGUCAUUGAAGGGGACUCUCAAAGAGUAGUUCUUGCAUUAAAUGGAGUAACUCUCAAUGUCCCUUGGAGGCUACUUUGGUAUAUUGAUCAGAUCAAAUUGAUGGUUAGUAAAUUUGAUCAGGUGGUAUUUUUGUUCGUUCUGCCAUAG